UGGGUUUUGCUUAUUUAUUUAUUAAUUGUCGUCCUCGGCGGAUUUCAGCGGGCUGCUGGGGAUUCCACCCCUCGCCCUCCGGCUCUGCUUUUGUCUGUUCCCCGCCGGCCAGCGCAGCCCCCCCCAGGCACUGAGGCUGCAGCGGAGCCCCCCCGGCCGCGGGGCGCCCGGCUCCUGCCCUUUUCUUUCCCACCCCGUCCCCGCCUGCCAAGGAAAGGCACAUGUUAAUACCACCCGGCGCGGUCAUUUUCUGCUACUGCUGCUGCGGGCUCCUCCGUCCGAGACAGAUGUUGCGAAACCAAGGCCUCCUCAAGUGCCGCUGCCGCAUGCUCUUCAAUGACCUGAAGGUCUUCCUGCUGCGGAGACCCCCCGCGCCGCCGCCGCCCUCCCCGCCGCCGCCGCUCCCCAUGCCCGGCGGCGCAGAGGCGGCGGCGGGCGGCCCGGCGGGGGCCGCACCGCCCGGGGGGCGCGGGCCCGGCUGGCGGGCGGCGGCGGCGGCGGGCGGCGGAGCGGGCAGCCCAGCUGCCGAGGAGUGGGGCAGCCCCGCCGGGGAGCCGCCCGCUUCCCUGCCCAGCAGCACCUCCUCGGAUGACUUCGGCAAGGGCAAGGCCGAGGACCGCUACUCGCUGGGCAGCAGCGUCGACAGCGGCAUCCGCACCCCGCUCUGCAGGAUCUGCUUCCAGGGGCCCGAGCAGGGGGAGUUGCUGAGCCCAUGUCGGUGCGACGGAUCGGUGAAGUGCACGCACCAGCCAUGUCUGAUCAAAUGGAUUAGUGAGAGAGGCUGCUGGAGCUGUGAGCUGUGUUACUACAAGUAUCACGUCAUUGCCAUAAGCACAAAAAACCCUCUGCAGGUAAAGUGGCAGGCAAUCUCUCUGACAGUCAUUGAGAAGGUUCAGAUAGCAGCGGCCAUCCUGGGUUCCCUCUUCCUCAUCGCCAGUAUCUCGUGGCUCAUCUGGUCGACCUUCAGUCCUUCAGCCAAAUGGCAGCGCCAGGACCUGCUCUUCCAGAUCUGCUAUGGAAUGUACGGCUUCAUGGACAUUGUCUGUAUAGGUCUAAUAAUACAUGAAGGGCCCUCGGUUUACCGGAUUUUUAAACGGUGGCAGGCGGUCAAUCAGCAGUGGAAAGUGCUGAACUAUGACAAAACAAAGGACAUGGAGGAACAAAAAACAGGGACCAGGACAAAUCAGCGCCCUUCGUCCCAAACCACCCACUCGUCCUCCACUGGUGGUACAGCCACUAACUCUGCUCCGGCCGACAGCGCGGCACGGGCUGCUGGCCACGCCACAGGCACCCUCUCUGACCACCACUGUGCUUACACCAUCCUGCAUAUACUCAGCCACCUGAGGCCUCACGAACAGAGGAGUCAGUCUAGUAGUAACAGAGAGCUCGUCAUGAGGGUCACGACGGUCUGAGCCGAGGAAUUCAGGAGGCCUUAACACGAAGCGGAGGAGACAAAGAACUCAUAAAGCAGAGAAGCAUGGUGUGCCUUUUUCUUUCUCUUUCUUUUUUUUUCCCCCCCUCCUUUCUUUUUCUUUUCUGGUAACUGCACAAGAUAUAAGAGGCGGCACCUGGCCAGCUGAGGAAAAAAAGCAGGUGGAGGGAGAGCUGCACACUCAUGCUAAAGAGGUUAAUGUUUUCCAGCCAGUUAAAACAAAAACAAAAAAAUUAAAAAAAAAAAAAAAAAAAAAGACAAAAAGAAAAAGAAAAAAAACACACAAA